AUAUAUUAGAGAUUUAUAUUAGACAUUGUGAAAAGAUAAAUAAAAAUAAUGUAUGCUAAAGAAGGGAAUAUGUUGUAAACACCAACAAAAACAAUUUGUUAACAUGUUACUCUCUCAUUUGUGAUUACAUUGCAUUUACAGUGAUUUACUAGUUGUCAUUUUGUUCGUAGUUCCCUUCUUGCUCGGCGGCCAUUGCUAUGCUUCCAUUGCUUCCCCUGAAUCACUUCAAUUCCCCUGUUUCCCUAACUCUCAGUUCAAUUACAUCCAAGAAAUGAUAAUAUCUCAGCAACACUUUCCCUUCGCAUCCCUCAAGCCCUACUCCAACCCUUCUGCUCCCUUCGCUUCCAAAACCCUAAGACCUUCAGCCCCACGCGCCGCCACAACCCGAGCGACCCUGCAGUACAACCGCAAGCCUCAGCUCGCCGGCGAAACCCCUAGAGUCGUCGUCAUCACCUCCGGCAAAGGAGGCGUCGGCAAGACCACCACCACCGCCAACAUCGGUCUCUCCCUCGCCCGCCUCGGCUUCUCCAUCGUCGCCAUCGACGCCGAUGUCGGCCUCCGCAACCUCGACCUCCUGCUCGGCCUCGAGAACCGCGUCAAUUACACCGUCGUCGAGGUCCUCAACGGCGACUGCCGCCUCGACCAGGCUCUGGUACGCGACAAGCGGUGGUCCAACUUCGAGCUGCUCUGCAUCUCCAAACCUAGAUCCAAAUUGCCGAUCGGUUUCGGCGGGAAAGCACUGGUUUGGGUCGUAGACGCCCUGAAGGCCCGAGACACAGGAGUGCCGGAUUUCAUCCUCAUUGAUUGCCCGGCGGGAAUUGAUGCGGGAUUCAUCACGGCAAUCACGCCUGCGAAUGAGGCAGUCCUGGUGACGACACCUGACAUCACCAGCCUUCGUGACGCGGACAGGGUGACAGGGUUGCUUGAGUGUGAUGGAAUAAGGGAUAUUAAGAUGGUUGUGAACCGAGUCCGGACAGAUAUGAUCAAGGGGGAAGACAUGAUGUCUGUGCUGGAUGUGCAGGAAAUGCUUGGUCUGCCAUUGUUAGGGGCAAUUCCGGAAGAUUCGGAGGUGAUCAGAAGUACGAAUAGAGGGUAUCCGCUGGUGUUGAACAAGCCACCAGCACUGGCUGGGCUGGCAUUUGAGCAAGCUGCUUGGAGGUUGGUUGAGCAGGAUAGUAUGAAAGCUGUGAUGGAAGAAGAAGAAGAAGAACUGCCGAAGAAACGCGGUUUUUUCUCAUUCUUAUGGGGCUAGAGAGUGGAUUCAAUUUUGAUGGUUCUUUGCAGCUGUGUACAAUGUACAGUAGGAAAAAUGAGGUUUGCCAUUCUUCCUUUUUUCCUUGUUUAUCCUAGCUAUGGUUUAGAAAUUGUUAAAUGGUAUGUUUUGUUUUAGGUGAUCAAUCUGAGCUGAAUUGUGCCAUUUUACUUUAUUAAUAAGGAUUUUGGUGCUUG